UAAGACAGUAAUUACAAUCACUUUCAGUUCCUAACAGACAGAUUCUGGAAAGCAAAAAGCAAAACAAACACAAAGGGCACGAAGAAAAAAAAAACCACUUUUUUUUUGGGUCUUCGUUCCUUUCUUCAUCGCGACUUCUGUCGAGAGAGAAACAAUAGCCUCUCCGUAACCGCAUUCUCAGCAGACCUAAUGACUGACCCUGAGAGAUUAACAGCAUUGAAGAAGGCUUACGCGGAUACGAUACUUAACACGGCCAAGGAAGCUGCGGCACGUGUGAUGAUUUCAGAGAGGAGAGCUCGUGGUUAUCAGCAAGAGCUUGUGGCGGUUAGAGAUGAGGCUGUCCGUACUUGUCUUAGGCUUAAACAGAUGUAUGAUUCCAAGGUCAAAGAGGCAGAAGUGAUGUAUUUAACCAAGCAGCAAAAGAUUGAAGAACUUGAAGCUCAACUUGGAGAAGCUGAAGAUAUAGUAGGAGAGCUAAGGAUGGAGCUGCGAGAGUCUCGUUACCAACUCGAGAAAUUGACAAAAAGUCGUCAAAGCAACGAGGAAAACAAGCUAAACGAAGUAGUUUCUUUAGCGUGUGAGGACUCUAGUAACCACGAGAGACCAACAGUAGCUAGUGGAAUCAAACCACACUUGAGUGACAGAGAUAACAGUAUCAACAGGUGUUCUUAUAAAGAGAAUAAAGAUCCUUGCCACCAUCCUCUUCCCUCCAUACUAACUAGACACAGAGAAGCUGAGGCGUUAGAGAAAGGAGAUUUACCUGAUGUGGAGUCAUUGACGUCAUUUAAAACAGAAGUAAGAAGAGAGGAGGAGAAGGAGAAUGAUAUGGAGCUAUUCACUACAUCUGUGACGCCUUCAGAGAAACAGUGUGUCCAGUUCACAGUCAAGAGAAAGCGUAAGAAGGAUGCAAGAAGCGGAAGCAGUAGCCCUGAAGGAGGAAGCUCUUCUUCGCAAGACGAUGAGAGCAGAAACAGAAGACAAAAGACUGGAGAGAAAGACGUGUUCUUGGACUCCUUCAACACUGAAUCAUCUCGUGAUAGUCGUCGUGUUGCUCAGGUCGCUCGUCAGCUUUUACCAUUCACAGAGAAGAAAGUGUUGCAGGAGAACCAAAAUGAUGAUGUUUCUUGAGUCACAAGUAACCUUGGAAAGUCCUAUCAUCAGUUGCGUUUGAACUCUCUGGAUGGUUGAUUAGAGAAGUUACCUGAAUUAGUAAGAUUGUUAACAUCAAUACACACUGUCAGAGGUUAUAGACUAAUGGAAAAGGCUAAUUUUGA